AUGUGGCCCACAGGAAAAUUAUCUGCUGCUGCUGCUUCCCCAUCUCUCAAGCUUUCCACCCACUCCAGGACACGUCGGAGAUUCAUGGAUGGGAACAUGGACCCUGAGAACUCUUCUUUCUUUACUUCGUGGGACUGGAAGAAUGCUUCAGCUGGGGCAGGAGCAGGGACUUUGGAGCUCAGCCAGAACUCAUCCCCUCUGAGCAUGUCUCCAUCCCCUUCCUUUGAAUCGUACUCCUCUUCUCCAUAUCCACUCAUGAUGGAGUUGCCCUGUGCCAACAGCCACAGCAGUAGUGCCACCAGCAGCAGGACUGAAAGUGUCCUCAGCAACAACAGCAACAACAACUUAAGGGGUAACUACCCCUUGAUGGAGUUCCCUUACAUGUACCUUCCAGGUCCUGGACAGGGCAUCAAAGGCCAGAAAGGCUCCACGGUCAGGAUGUCGGUCCAACGCAGGAGGAAGGCCAGCGAAAGGGAGAAGCUGAGGAUGAGGACCCUGGCAGAGGCUCUGCACACUCUCCGCAACUAUUUGCCUCCCGUCUACAGCCAAAGAGGCCAGCCUCUCACCAAGAUACAGACUCUGAAAUACACUAUCAAGUACAUCAGUGAGCUCACGGACAUGGUGAACAAUGUCAAGCAAGGUCAGAUGCCUUGA